AUGGAUCCUCCUGGCCCGGGGAUACAGAUACAGCUGGGCACGCUCUCCGGCAGCCGCCGCAGCAUGGGCUCCUCCUACGGCUCGCGCCGCUCCGGGGGCACAGGCUCCAUCUCCCACUCCUUCCGCCAGCCUGCCGGCGCCGACGACCCCUUCGGCCGAGCCGCGUCGCAGCAGGGCCACGAUGACGACGAGGAGAACCUCCGAUGGGCAGCCCUGGAGAAGCUGCCCACCUACGACCGCAUGCGCCGCGCGGUCCUCCUGAAUCACGCUGGAGCUGGAGCUGGAGGCGCCGACGGUGAUGAGCUACAGGGGCUGGUGGACAUCGAGCAGCUGGCCAGCGGCGAGGCCGGGCGGGCCCUCUUGGAGAGGGUGUUCCAGGACGACAGCGAGCGCUUCCUCCGACGCCUCCGUGACCGGGUGGACCGGGUGGGCAUCGACCUGCCGGCGAUCGAGGUGAGGUACCAGGGCUUGUCGGUGGAGGUGGACGCCUUCGUCGGCACCAGCGCCCUCCCCACGCUCUGGAACUCGGCCACUAACUUCCUACAGAGUCUUGUCGGACGCCUCGCUUCCUCCAACAAGAAGACCAUCAACAUACUCCGAAACGUCGACGGCAUCCUCAAACCAUCCAGGAUGACCCUUCUGCUUGGACCUCCAUCUUCAGGAAAGAGCACACUCAUGCGAGCUCUCACUGGCAAGCUCGACAAAACCCUCAAGGUAUCUGGCAGCAUCACCUACUGUGGUCAUACCUUCGAGGAGUUCUACCCCGAGAGGACCAGCGCGUAUGUUAGUCAGUACGAUCUCCACAAUGCAGAGAUGACUGUAAGAGAGACGCUCGAUUUCUCCAGGCGCUGCUUAGGCAUUGGUGCCAGAUAUGACAUGCUCGCUGAGCUCGCUGCCAGGGAGCGCGAAGCUGGCAUAAAGCCAGACCCUGAGAUCGAUGCUUACAUGAAAGCUACUGCCGUGCAAGGGCAGGAGACUAACAUUGUCACCGAUCUUACCCUCAAGGUGCUUGGGCUUGACAUUUGUGCCGAUAUGCCCAUUGGUGAUGAGAUGAUCAGAGGAAUUUCUGGCGGGCAAAAGAAGCGUGUAACAACCGGUCCCAUGGCAGGGGAGAUGUUAACGGGACCUGCAAGGGCAUUGUUCAUGGAUGAAAUUUCCACUGGUUUGGACAGCUCUAGCACAUUUGAGAUUGUGAAAUACAUAAGACAGCUGGUCCAUGUGAUGAAUGAGACCGUGAUGAUCUCCCUCCUACAACCACCGCCAGAGACCUACAACCUCUUUGAUGACAUUAUUCUGCUCUCAGAAGGGUACAUAGUGUACCAUGGGCCACGCGACAACAUCUUGGAAUUCUUUGAAGCUGCUGGUUUCCGGUGCCCUGAAAGGAAAGGGGUUGCUGACUUUCUUCAAGAGGUGACUUCCAAGAAAGACCAGCAGCAGUACUGGUACCUUGAGCAGCAGCAGUAUCGUCAUGUGUCUGUCCCAGAGUUUGCCCAACGUUUCAAGUCAUUCCACGUAGGGCAGCAGAUGGUCAAGGAGCUGCAAAUCCCUUUUGACAAGUCCAAAACUCAUCCUGCUGCGCUCACCACCAACAAGUAUGGGCAGUCCAGCUGGGAGUCGAUCAAGACGGUGCUGUCGAGAGAGCAGCUGUUGAUGAAGCGCAACUCCUUCAUCUACAUCUUCAAGGUUACCCAGCUGAUCAUCCUUGGGCUCAUGGCCAUGACUGUGUUCCUCAGAACAAAGAUGCCAUAUGGGCACAUCUCCGACGGCGGCAAAUUCUUUGGUGCUCUGACUUUCAGUUUGAUCACCGUCUUGUUCAAUGGGUUUGCUGAGCUACAACUGACGAUUAAAAUGCUUCCUACCUUCUACAAGCAAAGGGAUUUCCUCUUCUUUCCCCCGUGGACCUUUGCGCUGGUAACAAUCAUCUUAAGAAUUCCUGUUUCGCUUAUGGAGUCUGCGGUAUGGGUCGUCCUCACCUACUAUGUCAUGGGCUUCGCACCUGCUCCAGCAAGGUUCUUUCGUCAGCUUUUAGCUUUCUUCGGUACUCACCAGAUGGCAAUGGCUUUGUUCCGAUUUCUUGGUGCUGUUUUGAAAUCAAUGGUUGUGGCCAACACCUUUGGCAUGUUUGUGAUCCUUCUUAUUUUUAUAUUUGGAGGAUUUGUCAUACCUAGAGGUGACAUCCGACCAUGGUGGAUCUGGGCUUACUGGUCAUCUCCUAUGAUGUACAGUCAAAAUGCAAUAUCAGUCAAUGAAUUCCUUUCCAGUAGGUGGGCCAACAAAAACACUGAAGCAUCUAUCGAUGCAUCAACAGUGGGCGAGGCUAUUCUUAAAUCCAAAGGCUUGUUUACUGGAGAAUGGGGAUUUUGGGUUUCCAUGGGAGCCAUCCUAGGGUUCACUAUUUUGUUCAAUAUAUUGUACAUUCUGGCGCUUACGCACUUGAGCCCUCCCAGCGGCUCAAACACAGUUUCGGACCAAGAGAAUGAGAAUGAGACAAACACUUCAACACCGAUGGGUACUAAUGAUGAAGCCACAAAUCGAGCAACUCAGACACAAAUCACCCUGCCUUUCCAGCCUCUUGCACUAUCUUUCAACCAUGUAAACUAUUACGUGGACAUGCCUGCAGAAAUGAGAGAGCAAGGAUUCGCCGAAAGUCGUCUCCAGUUGCUCUCUGAUAUCAGUGGUGCUUUUAGGCCAGGUGUUCUGACAGCAUUAGUUGGUGUGAGUGGAGCUGGGAAAACCACUCUAAUGGAUGUCCUCGCAGGAAGGAAAACCAGUGGGUCGAUUGAAGGAAGCAUCACCCUCUCUGGUUACCCUAAAAAGCAAGAAACUUUUGCCCGCAUCAGUGGCUACUGCGAACAGACCGAUAUCCAUUCACCAAAUGUUACUGUAUAUGAAUCCAUUCUCUACUCUGCCUGGCUGCGUCUUUCCUCAGAUGUUGACGAAAAAACGAGAAAGUUGUUUGUGGAGGAAGUCAUGACUCUUGUGGAGCUUGAUGUGUUGCGUAAUGCUAUGGUUGGCCUCCCUGGAGUGGACGGGUUAUCGACCGAACAAAGAAAGAGACUGACAAUUGCCGUGGAGCUGGUAGCAAAUCCUUCAAUCAUAUUCAUGGAUGAGCCAACUUCUGGACUUGAUGCUAGAGCCGCAGCAAUUGUAAUGCGGGCAGUGAGAAAUACAGUCAACACUGGGCGAACUGUGGUUUGCACUAUCCAUCAACCCAGCAUUGAUAUAUUCGAGUCUUUUGACGAGCUUCUGCUUAUGAAAAGAGGAGGACAAGUUAUUUAUGCUGGUGAACUUGGUCGCCACUCUUAUAAACUAGUUGAAUAUUUUGAGGCAAUUCCAGGUGUUGAAAAGAUCACACAAGGAUAUAAUCCCGCAACAUGGAUGCUGGAAGUUAGCUCCCCUUUAGCCGAGGCUCGCCUGAACGUAAACUUUGCUGAAAUUUAUGCUAAUUCUGAACUUUAUAGGGAAAACCAACAACUUAUUAAGGAAUUAAGCGUUCCUCCGCCAGGCUACGAGGAUCUCUCAUUCCCUACCAAGUAUUCUCAGAAUUUCUACAACCAAUGCAUUGCAAACUUCUGGAAGCAAUACAAAUCAUAUUGGAAGAAUCCGCCCCACAACGCCAUGCGCUUUCUCAUGACCAUGAUUAAUGGCCUUGUAUUUGGCACGGUGUUUUGGCAGAAAGGGACGAAAAUAGGCUCGCAACAAGAUCUCUUCAAUCUACUUGGAGCCACUUAUGCUGCUGUCUUCUUCCUUGGAGCCGCCAACUGCAUCACGGUUCAGCCUGUUGUGUCAAUCGAGCGAACAGUUUUCUACCGUGAAAAGGCGGCAGGGAUGUACUCUCCGUUAUCCUAUGCAUUCGCUCAGACAUGCGUGGAGGUGAUGUACAACAUCGUGCAGGGGAUUGAAUACACGGCGAUCAUCUAUGCGAUGAUUGGAUAUGAGUGGAAAGCGGCAAAGUUCUUCUAUUUCCUCUUCUUCAUAGUUUCAAGCUUCAACUACUUCACAUUGUUUGGCAUGAUGCUGGUGUCACUGACUCCCUCUUCCAUGCUCGCAAACAUACUGAUAUCCUUUGUACUCCCUCUUUGGAACCUGUUUGCUGGGUUCCUCGUCGUCAGACCGUUGAUACCCAUCUGGUGGAGGUGGUACUACUGGGCCAACCCUGUGUCAUGGACCAUCUACGGCGUGGUGGCGUCGCAGUUUGGCGACAACAAGAGUCCUCUCAAGGUCCCCGGCGGGAGCGACACGUUUGUGAAGCAGUUCUUGGAGGACAACCUGGGCAUCAAGCACGAUUUCCUUGGGUAUGUGGUGCUGGCGCACUUUGCGUUCAUCAUCGCCUUCUUCUUUGUGUUUGGCUACUCCAUCAAGGUGUUGAACUUCCAGAAACGUUAG